CGCGCUUCCAUGAUCAUGCAGCAUGAAGAGCGGGCCAAGCAGGGGGACAAGCUGAAGGAGCAGGAGCUGCUGGAGCAGCAGAAGCGGGCUGCUGUUCUCUUGGAGCAGGAGCGCCAGCAGGAGAUGGCCAAGCUGGCCCCCCCAGUGCCCCGCACGCCCCCCGAUGCAGGGCCAGUGAGACCCGUUGGAGCCAUGGGGCCACGGCCCCCCAUGGCACCCAGAGGUGGUGCCCCGGUGGGGGCUCCGCUGCCCGGGGUUCCCAUGGGGGCCCCCAGCCCGAGGCCCCGCGGGCCCCCCCCUCCCCCUGGAGAGGAGAUCCGAGAGCCAGACGACUCGUCAACUGGCCCCAAGAUCCCACAGGCACUGGAGAAGAUCCUGCAGCUGAAGGAGAUCCGGCAGGAGGAGCUUACAGUGCCGGGUGCCCCUGAUGAUGAUAUGGAGACAGACUCAAGGGCCUUGCUCAGCAUCUCUGCCUCGGAGACCGAGGAGGACAUGCUGCUCUCCAAGAAAGAGAGAAACCGGAAGCGGCGGAACCGGAAGAAGAAGAAGAAGGGGCGAGUUGGGCGGGAGGCCACAGGGCGCCAGGGCCCGGCCUCCACAGCACCCCCUGAGACCAAGGGCCCCGACGCCACCGUGGACAUCGAGUACGUCACUGAGGAGCCUGAAAUCUAUGACCCCAACUUCGUGUUCUUCAAGCGCAUCUUCGAUGCCUUCAAGCUGACAGACGAUGUGAAGAAGGACAAGGAGAAGGAGCCUGACAAGGCCGACAAGCCCGAGAGCGCUGCUGCCCCCAAGAAGAAGGGCUUCGACGAGGGUCGCAAGGGCAGCGACGAUGACAGCACCGAUGACGAGCAGCUACAGCUUGUGGCACGCCCGGACGUCGUGGAGAUGCAUGACGUGACAGCGCAGGACCCCAAGCUGCUGGUGCACCUGAAGGCCACGCGCAACUCAGUGCCGGUGCCACGGCACUGGUGCUUCAAGCGCAAGUACCUGCAGGGCAAGCGUGGCAUCGAGAAGCCGCCUUUUGAGCUUCCUGACUUCAUCAAGCGCACCGGCAUCCAGGAGAUGCGUGAGGCUCUGCAAGAGAAGGAGGAGCAGAAAACGAUGAAGUCGAAGAUGCGGGAGAAGGUGCGGCCCAAGAUGGGCAAGAUCGACAUCGACUACCAGAAGCUGCAUGACGCCUUCUUCAAGUGGCAGACCAAGCCCAAGCUCACCAUCCAUGGGGACCUCUACUAUGAGGGCAAGGAGUUUGAGACGCGGCUGAAGGAGAAGAAGCCAGGGGACCUGUCGGAUGAGCUGCGCAUUGCCCUGGGCAUGCCUGUGGGGCCGAACGCGCACAAGGUACCCCUGCCCUGGCUCAUCGCCAUGCAGCGCUAUGGCCCCCCACCGUCCUACCCCAACCUCAAGAUCCCGGGCCUCAACUCCCCCAUCCCUGAGGGCUGCUCGUUUGGGUACCACGCCGGGGGCUGGGGAAAGCCACCUGUGGAUGAGACGGGGAAGCCGCUGUACGGGGAUGUCUUCGGGACCAACGCCGCUGAGUUCCAGACGAAGGCAGAGGAGGAGGAGAUUGACCGGACGCCCUGGGGGGAGCUGGAGCCCUCAGAUGAGGAGUCCUCAGAGGAGGAGGAGGAGGAUGAGAGCGAUGAGGAGAAGCCUGACGAGACUGGCUUCGUCACACCCGCUGACAGCGGGCUGAUCACGCCGGGCGGGUUCUCGUCGGUGCCGGCCGGCAUGGAGACCCCCGAGCUCAUUGAGCUGCGGAAGAAGAAGAUCGAGGAGGCCAUGGACGGGUAGGGCCGUUGGGGCUGGGAGGUG